AGGACGUGCUAAAGCCUGUUGCCUAGCAACGCUGAAAGCCCAAACACCUGAGUUUAGCUUAGCUGCUAACUGUUGAUGUUUCCCUGUAAAUGGAGAAAAUCAGGUGCAGUCAGAGCGCGGCGGAUUCAGUAGAUCAGUAUGUGGAAUACCGCAGAAUCGUGGGGGAGGAUGAUGGUGGGAAACUGUUCUCCGAGGCUGAAUAUGAGGAGUAUAAAAGGAGGGUGUUACCGAUCAGAGCGAGGAACCGGCUGUAUGUGAGCUUCGGCGUUCCCGGGAAAAUAGACUGCAAGCUUAUAGGACCGGAAACACCUUGCUUUUGUUCACACAGAUUUAAACAGCAUCAGACGGAUUUUGAGGAGCUUCCAGAGGAGACGCCCAUCGCUUUACCCUGCAGAGUUCAGGGCUGUCGCUGUGGAUCCUACCAGUACGUCCACCGCAGCGGCUCCCAGCCCGUACGCUGCCGCUGCAAACACCUGCCCAGUGAUCACAGUGAAGCUGCACAUCACCUGUGCAGGAAGUGUAACACCUGCACUGGGUUUCUGAGCCCAUACACCUGUGGAUGUGGAGAACCGGGCCACGCCCACGUGACACUGGUAGAAACCAGAGCUCAGCGGGAGGCACGGGGGCUGCCGGUGGGCAUGGACAUGCCAUACGCAGCUAUGGGCGGCCUGACUGGGUUCAGCUCAUUAGCAGAAGGCUACCUGAGACUGGACCCCAGUGGCUCAGGCCUUUCUCCACAUGACGUCUCACAACCUUCCCAAGCUGAGCCGGGUACAGCACCUGAGGGAGCUUAUGGAGCUUAUAGAGCUUUAUCAGAGACCUCAAAAGACCUGAAGCAGACGGGUGAAGAUGUUAUGGGUUAUAAUGAGAGACGCCAAGGAAAGAGUCAGAAAAGAGAAGAACAGUAAACGUGAGGACGUGAAGUCCAGUGGAGCGCUGAUAAGGGUAGAAGGGAAAAGCCUGCAGCUCUGAUAGAGCUUUAUACACUAGUGCAUCUCAAAAAAUUAGAAUAUCUUUGAAAAGUUAUUUUAUUUCAGUAAUUCAGUUGAAAAUGUGAAACUCAUAUAUUAUCUAGAUGUAUUAAACACAGAGUGAUCUAUUUUUAGCGUUUAUUUCUGUAAUUGUUGAUGAUUAUGGAUUACAGCCAAUGAAAACCCAAAAAUCAGUGUUUCAGAAAAUUAGAUUAUAUAAGACCAAUUGGUACUUUUGGCAGUGUGGGCAGUGUGCCAAGUCCUGCUGGAAAAUGAAAUCCUGCUAAGUUGUCAGCAGCAGAGGGAAGCAUGAAGUGCUGUAAGAUUUUGUGGGAAAACAAAACUGCACUGACUUUAGACUUGAUAAUAAAACACAGUGGAUCAACACCAUCAGAUGACAGACAUGUCUCUCCAAACCAUCACUGAUUGGUGGAAACUUCACACUAGACCUCGAGCAGUUUGGACUGUGUGUCUCUCCACUCUUCCUCCAGACUCUGAUCCCAUUAUUUACUUUAAAUGAAAUGUAAAAUUUACUGAUGAUCAGUGAUGGUUUGGAGAGUCAUGUCUGUCAUCUGCUGGUGUUGAUCCACUGUGUUUUAUUAUCAAGUCUAAAGUCAGUGCAGUUUUGUUUUCCCACAAAAUCUUACAGCACUUCAUGCUUCCCUCUGCUGAUAACUUUUAUGGAGAUGAGGAUUUCAUUUUCCAGCAGGACUUGGCACACUGCCCACACUGCUGAAUGUAGCAAUAGGUCUAAUUCAAUUGGAUAAUGUUCACACUUUCUGAGAUUCUGACUUUUGGGCUUUGAAAUAGAUCACUCUGUGUUUAAUACAUCUAUAUAAUAUAUGAGUUCCACAUUUUGAACUGAAUUACUGAAAUAAAGUAACUUUUUAAUGAUAUUCACAUUUUUUAAGAUGCACCAUUAAAUGUCCUGUAAAUCAGAGUUGGCAACACUGUUGGCAAGACGUUUGGCUGACCCACAUGGAAACAGCAGCUUUAGCCUUUAGCUCAGAUUAACAUGAUUAAGAACUGAGUCUCAGUUUCAGCAGAGAAGAGAAUUAGAAUUAGAGUAAUAAAGUCAUUGAUAAAGAUAAAGAUAAAAUAAUAAAAGCAGUUUUUACAUGGGUAAUACAUCACUGCAGGUACUGGACUAGUGUGGAUGACACUCAAAUACUGCACUAAAAUAACUGCAAAUAAAUGUUAUUUCUCUGUGUAAUGUUAUGAAAUGUAUAAAUAAAUUGUUUUACAAGAAUAAAAAUAAUAAAUUAAAUAUA